UUACAUCUCUCUACCCUAUCUAUAAAAUUAAUAUAAAAUUCUCAUCUCUCCCUCUCAAAAACCCUCCAAUUCUUCCCUCUUCGAAUUCACCGCCAUGGCUGCAAUUUCGCAGUUCAUAGCUCUGCUUCUAUUAGCUCUAUUGCUCUCCGUCGCCGACGUCUGCAAUGGAGGUAUUACCAGUAAAUACACCAGGAAACCUGAAGCUUCCGUCGACAUGCCCGUCGAAGCGUUCCCCCCGCCCCCUGGUUUCAACGCACCGGAGCAGGUUCACAUAACCCAGGGAGAUCGCCAUGGCAGAGGCAUUAUAAUCUCAUGGGUAACGCCACGGUCGCCCCACCCGAAUGUUGUCAGAUAUUGGGCUGAAGAUAGCGACGAAAAUCAGAAGCAAAAAGCACAUUCCAGAAUCACUACUUACAAAUAUUACAAUUACACUUCUGGAUUCAUACACCACGCCACCAUUGACGAACUUGAGUACGAUACUAAAUACUUCUAUGAGCUCGGGAGCGGCAACACGAAGCGCGGAUUUUCGUUCAGAACGCCUCCCAAGCCCGGGCCUGAUGUUCCGUACACAUUCGGCAUUAUUGGCGAUCUUGGACAGACUUAUGAUUCUAAUAAAACUUUUGAGCAUUAUUUUACAAACCCCAAGGGACAAGCCGUGCUGUUCGUCGGAGAUCUUUCUUACGCCGACAACCAUCCGUACCACGACAACAGGAAGUGGGAUACAUGGGCUCGAUUUGUCGAGAAAUCAACUGCCUAUCAGCCGUGGAUUUGGACCGCCGGCAAUCACGAAAUGGAUUUCGCUCCAGAAAUUGGAGAAAACACCCCUUUCAAGCCUUAUACGCAUCGGUAUCACGUUCCUUACAAAACAUCACAAAGCUCGUCACCACUGUGGUAUUCGAUCAAGCGUGCAUCUGCCUACAUUAUAGUCCUUUCGUCCUACUCUGCUUAUGGUACAUAUACUCCGCAAUACCAGUGGCUGGAGAAUGAGUUUUUGAAGGUGAAGAGAGAUGAGACUCCAUGGUUGAUUGUUAUGCUUCAUUCUCCCUGGUAUAAUAGUUACGACUACCAUUAUAUGGAAGGAGAGAGCAUGCGGGUUAUGUUCGAGUCCUGGUUUGUUCAGAACAAAGUUGAUCUUGUUCUUUCUGGCCACGUCCAUGCUUAUGAGCGUUCGGAGCGAGUGUCCAAUGUGAGAUACAACAUCACAAAUGGAUUGAGCACUCCAAUUAGAGACGUUAAUGCACCAAUUUACAUAACAGUCGGUGAUGGUGGAAAUAUUGAAGGUCUUGCUAACCGUUUCACAGAGCCACAACCAAGUUACUCAGCGUAUCGGGAGGCAAGCUUCGGGCACGCAAUGCUUGAAAUCAAGAAUCGAACUCAUGCAUACUAUACAUGGCACCGCAACGAAGACCAUGAGCCUGUUGCUGCUGAUUCACUUUGGAUAUAUAACAGAUACUGGUUCCCACAAGACGAGGCUUCUUCUCAAUAGACUUUCCAAAAAGAAAAAGAUAACUUUUGCGGUUUUUAGGUUGUAGUGCAGUGUUUUGUGGUGGAUUUUAGCAUCUUCAUUCCCUAUUGCACACACAGUGAAUAAAAUAACCAUUUGUUCGUGCAAAA